AUGCGAGCUGCUCCAGAGUCAGGCAAGCACACUCACCGCAUGCCUGGCCUCCUGACGUGUCGUCUCCCUCAGCAUCUCCUCCGGGGCUUCCAGCCAUUUUUUGAGGGCCGCCGUGAUCAUCUCUGGAUCAUUGUUCCCGACCGGUCCAUCCCCGACUGGGCAGCCGAAAGCGAGCGUCGACGUGCGCUGGGCUUCAAUAAGUAUGAGAAAAAGACAGGUCGAGUCAUCAUCGCAAAUGCCUGCACGCAACUCUCCAUCGAUGCCCUUGGCAUGGGCUUCACCACUAAGGACGCUCACCACCAUCUCGUGGGACAUCACGGCGAGGGUCUCAAGCUGGCUGCGUUGAUCCUCUCUCUCGACGGCUACCAAGCUCGACUGGUCGCGUCCGACGCUCGGCUAGCAGGCCGUCUCUUAGAGCCGUCGACGACCAUUCGAGUCUGGCAAUACCUGCUGCGCGAAUCAGCAUAUAAGCAGUUCUUUUACAGCGAGAAUAGCAAUGAUCAGAACUUGCUGCCUGCCCACUGCUCAAUCCGAACCGUCGAAAAAGAGCAGCAAGAGCCAUUCAAGGUUGCGAAGCCCUAUACCGUCCCGAACACGGCAUUUGCGAGAAUAGUCGAUCAAGCUUUGCAGGCCUAUUUUGCUCUGCUGAAAUUCACCGAUCACAUUCCAGUGGUUUACGUCAAAGGCUUGACUAACAAGGCCGAUGUAUACUUUGGCAAAGGACAGGUAGAAGAGCUCUUGGUUCGAUCGAUUGCCUCCAUGUUCAAAGCACAUCCGAAAUCUCGGCCGGCAGAGAUAAAGUUCAUGGGUCAAAUUGGACUGCGAUUGCGAUACCUGCCGCACAGCAUCAAGUUGAAGCCAUACCCCAGGGGUAUUCUGGUCAGCUGGGAAGAUAACGAGACGGAGGCAUUUCGCACGCUCGGGUCUGGCGGCCCGAACUACCAUGUUCUGCUGCAUGAAGGCAAUUGUGCAAGUGCCGAGACGGCGUUUCUCCACGAGAAAGCAGCCCUCACCAACGAAGUGGUUCCCUGUGGCUGCCGUCGGCAGUUCGCUCGUCAGACACAUCGAAUGUGCCUCUUUACCGGUCUGUCGCACACAUCGACAUAUUAUGCCAUGAUUGCGCUGGACGAGGAUCGGGCAUUCUACGGAGUUCCAUCUGAUCGAACCUCGCCAGGGUCGUUUGAGAAUGGCAGAACUACUCUCCAGUAA